AUGUCUAACGUUGGUUACACUGAAACAGCGUCCGGUCUAUGUAGUAUUGCAAAGUUGAUUUUGGCUUACCAAAGAGGUCGGAUCGCUGCUAACCUCGACUGUGACAACCCUCGUCGAGAUGUGGAUGCACUUCGUGAAGGACGAAUGCGGAUUGUUACCGAGAAUCAGAAUUUCAACAGAUUAUACGCAGCCAUUAAUUCCUUCUCUCUAAGUGGAGUUAAUGGUCAUGUGCUGCUUAAGGGAUAUUACAAACCAAAGGAUCUAUCACGUUAUCAUUGCAACUUCCCGUACUUAGUGUUGGCGUCAGGAAGACAAGACUCAGCAGUACAAAAAAUAUUGGACGAUGUUAAGUCACAUAUGAUUGAUCCUGAAGAGAUAGCACUGUUACAUAAUAUAUUCAGAAGCCGCAUAUCUAACCACGUAGCUCGAGGAUUUGGGAUAUAUUGUACAAAGAAAGAAGAAACUGUUGCUCUUGAAGAAGGAAUACAAAGCUAUGAUGAGACGAAAAGACCUCUUUGGUUUGUGUAUAGUGGUAUGGGGUCGCAAUGGGCUGGUAUGGGUGUUAGUCUUAUGCAAAUACCUAUUUUUGCAGCUGCAAUAGAGCGAUGUCAAAAGGUGUUAUUAACUAAAGGAAUCGACUUAAUAAAUAUAAUUACUACAUCCGAUGAAUCAGUGUUUGACAAUAUUUUAAACUCGUUCGUGGGUAUUGCCGCUAUACAAAUCGGGCUCACUGAUAUACUCAAAGCGAUCGGAUUGGUUCCUGAUAAUAUUAUAGGGCAUAGUGUAGGCGAGCUAGGGUGCGCGUACGCAGACGAAUGUUUCACAGCCGAGGAGAUGAUAUUAAUGGCAUAUUACCGAGGUUUAGUUUCAAUAGAAACCUCCUUUAUCCAAGGGUCUAUGGCUGCUGUUGGAAUUGGAUAUAGACAGAUCUCCAAGUUCUGUCCUCCUGAAAUCGAGGUAGCCUGCCGUAACAGCCCUAAUUCCUGCACCAUAUCUGGACCUUCGAAGGUUGUAGAAGAAUUUGUAGCUACUCUCACCAGUCGAGGGAUUUUCGCGAAGGAAGUGCGGUGUUCCAAUAUACCGUAUCACUCACGAUACAUUGCUACAGCUGGACCUACAUUACUAAAGUCUACGAGUCAAGUAAUCGCGACACCAAAACUUCGAAGCUCCAAAUGGAUAUCGACGUCUGUUCCGAAGGAAGAGUGGUCUAAGCCUGAAGCAGCAUAUUGCUCCGCUGAAUACUUCACCAACAACUUACUGAAUCCAGUGCUAUUUGAGGAUAUGCUGCAUCUCGUGCCAUCAAAUGCAGUGAUGGUGGAAAUUGCUCCUCAUGGUCUACUGCAGGCCAUCCUCAAGCGAUCUUUAUCUUCUACCUGCCAAAACUUUUCACUUACCAGAAGAGAAAGUCCCAAUAAUGUUCAAUUAUUACUUCAAGUUAUUGGCAGGUUGUAUAUGGAAGGAUACCAGGUAGAUAUAAGUGCAUUGUAUCCAAAAAUUGAAUUUCCUGUAUCUAUGGAGACCAGGUCGCUGUCUCAGAUCAUUGAAUGGGUUCAUAAUCAGAAAGGACGUAUGUGUCGGUACAUUUGCCCUGAAAGGAAUUACACAGCUACAUAUGAGCAGAUUGUGUGUCUGCACGAUGAUGAAUAUUCAUACUUGAAAGGGCACCGUGUUCAAGGGAGUAAAUCAUAUCCAUUUGCUGCCGCGUUAAUUUCUGCAUGGGACACAUUAGCAAUGACUAUAAACAAGAAACGACGUGAUGUAUCCGUAGAGUUUGAAGAUAUGACGUUUUAUAAUCAGCCGCAGUUGUACAAAGAUCGAGUUCUACGUGUUACAGUUUCAUUGCAGAGAGGCUGUGGGCGAUUUGAGGUUGUUAUUUUUUAA